UAGUUAUUGUGAAGCAAAUAAUAUGUCCAAAAAUUGUGGUCCUUCUUUAAUUUAUAUUAGGUGAGAUUAGUACCUCAAAACUCAUUUUAAAUAUUUUCCAGCAAAAAGAUAUAUACGCCAUCAAUAUAUUCCCGGCCAAAACUGAAACGCGUCUCCUGUCCUACUCCUUUGUUCUAGAGAGAAAGUGAGAAUGGUGACAUUGGUGAGAAGCCUAUCGUGGGUAGGCGUGCAACAGAGUCGAAUGAUCAAUUCAAGAAAUUGGGUCAUCAAUCAAACUCAGCAGCCCUGUAGGAACACUCUCAAACGCCUUCUCCCCCUACGUGUUCGAGCUUCUUCAACUGUCUUCCUCCAAACCGAUUCCACUGAUCCUACUCCUACUGCUGUCCAAAAUGAUGAAGACAUUAAUAAUAAAAAAAGGAGCAACAUUUUAGCUUGUCCGAUAUGCUACGAACCAUUGGCGUUGACCGGCGGCGAACUGGGCUUAUCUGUGGAAUCAGUCUCUGGGUCUAGUUUACAAUGUGGCACUUGUAAGAAGACUUACUUUGGCAAUGAGACUCAUCUUGAGCUCACGGCUGCAAGUGGGACUAAGAACUAUGGUGAACCCAUGCCCGCUUCCACAGAGAUUUUCAGGACACCUUUGGUAUCAUUUCUUUAUGAAAGGGGUUGGCGUCAAAGCUUUUCCGUAUUAGGUGGUUUCCCUGGCCCUGAAAAAGAGUUUGAUCUGGUUCAAAAAUUCAUAAAGCCAGUCCUGGGUGGAAAUAUUAUAGAUGCGAGUUGUGGGAGCGGGCUAUUCUCGAGACUAUUUGCUAAGAGUAAUCUUUUUUCUCUUGUUGUUGCACUCGACUACUCGGAGAACAUGUUGAAGCAGUGCUAUGAAUUCAUUCAGCAGGAGGAAAACUUUCCCAAAGAGAACAUAGUUUUGGUUAGGGCAGAUAUCUCUAGGCUCCCUUUCGCAUCAAGUUCUAUAGAUGCCGUUCAUGCUGGUGCAGCUCUACACUGUUGGCCUUCACCAUUAUCAGCUGUUGCUGAAAUUAGUCGAGUUUUACGACCUGGUGGAGUGUUUGUUGCAUCAACCUACAUACUUGAUGGGCCUUUUAGUUUUUUCCCAUUCUUGAGGAAUAUACGCCAGAAUACAAGGCAAAUAUCAGGAAGUUACAUUUUCCUAUCCCAACGCGAACUAGAAGAUCUUUGUAGAGCUUCUGGGCUAGUUGGUUUCACAUGUGUAAGGAAUGGCCUUUUUGUGAUGAUCUCAGCCAAAAAACCCAACUGAGCAUAUGUUGCCGUUUCAUCUGUCUGCUUCAAAGCCGCAUUUUUAGAAAAUACUGUUUUAUGGAAUGUAUAUGCUAUAUAAUAGCUAAACUAUGUCCAAAAUCUGUACAUAAGAAAGUUGAAUAUUGAAUAUGAUGCAAUCAUAUAAAUCUGUACUAUCUUAAACACGAGUUGCUAUGUUUUACGAAUAUGCAAUGGAAAAAAGAAAAAAAAGGAUAAUGCAUUGGCAUGUUCACUAAA